CAUAGCAGUCGCCCGGGGGGGUUGGGGUUGGUGGGGGUCUGCUGGUCGGAUUCCACAUCCACAACUCCUCACUUCGGAGAUGAGCCCAUCCUAUGUGCGUGGACUGCCCUGGCCUGUCCGUGAAGGGGAUGCCGAUGCCGAGCUGCGCUAUUUCUAUGUCAUAUAUACGCAUGACAAAUAUGAGUAAUAAAUGAGCAGCGGCGCAGAGAGAGCUGCCUCCCCGUGUCCGGGACAGACCGCGCGCGGCGUGCGAGUCACGCUGGAUCUGAUGCUUUGUGGUCCACAGCGCCUCCGCUUCUCCUCCGCGCGCUCCUCGUGUCCCGAUGGACAUCUGACAGCGGCUCUUCGUGGGAAACGCGAGGACACGUCUGCGCUCUCGCCGCUCAGCACCUGACGACGCUAUUCCUCGAGAUCGUUCAGUCUUUGUUCCGAAGUCGGCGGCCCAGUUCGGAGCGGAGAGCGGGACGCGCGCGGCUCGAGCGAGCGCACAUGGAACCGGGGACAGGAUGGGAAAGUGCUGGCAACUUUUCUGGGUACGCUUCUCAUCAUGAGCUCUCUUUUUGUUUCCCCGCGUACACAGACGGUACGUCUUCAGCAAGUUAUUGUGACCGCAUAUAAAUUUUUUUAUUAAAGGAAAAGAUAUUACUUAUGAUUACUUAUAAAUCUUUAAGCUCAGAUUAUUUUUAACCCCCUCAGCCGGAUCAUUAUAAUGAGAGGGCAGAGUGAGUGAGUGCGUGACACUUGUUUAUUUUUCCGCCUGAUUUUUAAUUUUUUCUAGUGAUUAUUAUUAUUUUCUUUCUUUUUUUUUUUUAGUUAGGCUCCCUCUCUGCCCCAUUUUAGUGGACAGUAAAUGGAUGCGCUGCCCGUCUGAUGCCCCAGUCACCUCAGAGUUUUUUUUUCGGGCUCAUUCGUCUUAGUUUUCUUUCUGCACAAACUCGAGAGGUAGGUGCGGGGCUUCAGUGGCGCGCGAUUCACCGCACGGUACGGAGUCUCUGCUCUGUCACUGCGCCUCUGCUCGUUUAAAAGGCACUGAGUGCGCGAGCGAGCGCUGCGCCUCUUCGCUCUCCCCUCGGAUCGCACGAGAUCAUGGGCGAGGCGGCUCCCCCGCAGCCCGCGGCCGCCGGAUUCGCACCCGUGUUCGCUGUGGGCAUCCCCGGCCCGGUGGCGGGGGGUCACGCCAGGGGCCCCGCGGUCCCGCAGCUCCACAGCGCCAUCGUGGAGCGCCUGCGAGCCCGGAUCGAGCUCUGCCGGAGGCACCACUCCUCCUGCGAGUCCCGCUACCGCCGCGGACAGGCGGAGUCGUGGGAGCGCGAGCACGAGAGCACGCUGCACCUCCUGAGUCUCGCGCACCAGGGCGCGGGCGGCAGGAGGGCGCGCGGCUCCCGGGCGGCGGCGGCGCAGCAGCACGCGGCGGAGCACAGCGGCGGCAGGGCGAACGGGGAGCCCCACCGGCCCCAGGGGGACGCGGAGCGCGACAGCAAGAGCAGCACGCGCAUAGCUCUUCAGGGGUCUUUGAGGAGAAAAAUAGAGGGGCAGCCACCAGAAUACAAUUCCAAAGAAGCCAGAUCAUCAGAGGAGGUCUUAAACUCAGUCUUCAAGCGCAUUCGUACAGAUGGAGACACUCUGCUUCAUGGUGGAUGUGUCUUUAGCAAUGGGCAGUCCCAAGCGCCAGCUGGGAAUAGCCCAACAAGUCACAACGUUCAGACGAAGGACAACGACACAAUUGGCCAAGCCAUCGGGAGUGAUCUCUUAAGCUUAGCUCUAAAGGAGGUGAAGAAGGAGCCAGGGGAUAUUCCCUCAUGUGGAAAGUCAUUUGCCAGCACCAGCAACACGUUUAACUUCAAGGACGAAGGCGCUAGUCAAAUAGACCCUGAGCUUCAGGAUCUGUUCGACGAGCUCACAAAGUCAGUGACUCCGCUGAAUGAGCAUGACUUUGAGAAAAUACUGAAACAGGAAGAUGGUUUCAGCAUGGAAAUGGGUCGACUGGGUUCCAAAGGCGGCAGAGAGCAAUGUUCUCACAUAGACAAGGUCAUAAAGACAGAGUACUCCCCAGGGUUCCAGCAAGAUGAUGGAGGUUCUGCUCAGCUGGGGACAGCCUGUGUUGGGUCUGCCUUCAUGUCUUCUGGGACUGUUGCCAUGGUACCAAAGAAUUCCCACCAAGGGUCACAGGGUCCCUUGGCAGUACCCGGGGGCUUGAACAGCUGGCUUGAGGUUUCACACGCUGAGCAGCUAAAGCAAAUGGCAGCCAAUCAACAGCCAUCCAUGCUACUGCAAAGCCAGCAACCCAGCCAGCCUAGAGUAGUGGCCAGCUGGUCAUCUGCGGUUGCCCCAAGCUCUGCCCCCGGAUUGUACAGCCUGAAAAAGAUGCUUGGUCCAACCUCUGUCUGUCAGCCGGGGAUCAGCCCCCUCUAUCGAGGUCUGCCACCCUUGGACGUUAGCCAGAAAAAGGGGGUGAGUGACUGCUUAGUCCAGCUCGGGGGACACUGUGGUUCAAGCCUUGAGGAUGCCAGUGGACCGCUAUCUCAGGCUCCACUCUUGGAAAACCCCCACGGAAAGCAGCAGGGGCACUCCAUGCAAAUCCAGAACCAGCAGGCCCCUGCGCGCUUCCAGACCCCACACCUGCCUAUCCUUCCGUCACCAUGCCAGCCAAACAAAUCCCUGCUUCUGAAGACAAAUGUGACCCAACAUGGACCUGGGCUACAUAUAAAGUUGAGCCAGCAGAGACAGGAGAAACUGGGCGCACAAGACCGCUCAAACUGUCAGUUAACGAGGCCUCCUCCUGAAUACAACCAGUCGAGACAAAGCAUGAGUGAUGUUCUACAGCCAAACAUCUACACAGCAGGUGGUUUUCCCUCAAGUGUGAGCUCCUCCCAGCCAUUGUCAAAUACUGUGUCCAGUCAGAGUAGCUUUUAUGCCAACACCAGUCACUUCCUCUCAAGUCAAGAUGCCAAGGUGACGCCGUCUCCUGGGGAGAGAUUCACAAUGGGGCCAAACCACCAGUCAGUGCGUUUCACCCAAGUGGAUGUGGACCAGCUUGAGCAAUCAAGCAAUAAGAACCAUUUGGAACCCAUGAGACCAGCAACGACGCAGAGACUAGAGAACAUGUUGACCAACACCAGUGUGACAGCACCCACAAACUGGGCCCAAGACUCUCGACAAGUCCCAAUACCCCAAAUGUUGAGUACAACAAGGUUUUCUGACAGCCCAAGGCCACAUCACAGUGGCCAGACUGACAUGGAGAGCCAUCAGUUCCCCCAGAGACCUAUACACCCUCCAAGUCAGGUGUCCUCAGAUAUCAGCCAGCUCCCGCUCAACCAAACUAUGAACAGGCAGACUGUAGUGACAACCAGGGUGCCUGUACCAAUCUCAAGCCAGCUGAACGUCUCCCCUCUACCAGCAAACCUCAGCCAAGCAUCUGCUGUACCUGAUGGAGGAUACACGGCGUCCGGACAAAAUCCUCGCCCGUACCAAACUCGUCACGGCAGCAGUCUGACCCUUGAUUUCCUCCCAGAGGGUGACAACAUGGUACCGGAGAUCAAUACAGAAUCAGACUUCAUAGACUCACUGCUCAAGUCUGGCUCCAGCAACGAUGACUGGAUGAAAGACAUCAACCUAGAUGAGAUUCUGGGCAAUCAUGCUUGAAUCAUGAGAGCUUUCCUUUAUGUACAGUAUCUUUUUUGCUAAUGGAGAACUGUCUAAAUGUUUGGACAGUUGCAGGGGUUUGAAUUCAGAUAGGGGAUUUAGUCACUUCAGAGAUGCUUUGUGUUUAUAAUUCAUAUGUACAGUGAUUAUGCACUUAGAUUUCGUAUCACAUCUUUGUAUGUCUGUGGAAAGGAUGACAUCAUUUCAGUAGUAAUGGGCUUUUAUAUUAAAGUUUUGCUUCAAAUCAAAUGACUGUCUUCUAUUAAUUCCUAGAAUUGGUUCUUUACAUUUCUAAGCCCCUAAGAGAGUGUAUGGAGCAAGGUGAAAACUGUAACACUGCAAGGAAAGUUUUAGAACAUUUAAACUGGAUUUGAUGCUUUUCCCUCUGCCUGCCUAUCUAACAUAUCAAUCAUCUGUUCUGAGGUCUAAUGUUCAAAACCAAAUAAAUGGAUAAUGUAAGUACUAGUACAUUUGGACUUUGUUUAUAUUUGCCAGCAAGGGACACAUGUCAUCAACCAUAGGCACAUCACCCAACACCAAGCCCAACGUGUCCCCCUCAGUACUCAAGUAUCUAAUGGAGAACCUUAAAGGAGUGAAACAGUAAAAGGCAACUCUGGUAAAAAGUAAGCCUGCCAUUAGAUCUGCUUUUGGAAAUACAUUCAUUAAUUUGUAACCAUGUUGUAUACACUUUGCAGGCAUGCGUUCCAUGGACCCAAGGUUGCGUGUACCCAAGAAGAGCUGUAGUCUGAAACAAUUCAGUCCAUGUAGCCUACUUUAUUUUCCAGUGCCAGUUAGGUGUUCGAAUGUGUCUCACAUGCAUCCAUUUGCUCUGAAGAAUGUUCACGUUGAGCAGGAAGCAGUUGUAACAGCUCAAAGGAGGAGCACAAGACUGAAGGCCACACGUGGCUGGAUUUACCAUAGUGAUCCAAAGUGCCCUUGCAGGUGAUGAGGAUGACUACUCACUGGUGCUUGAUUUAACUGAUCCCAUGUUUCUGUUCAGCCCUGUUGCUAUAAAUGUACUUUUCUGCUGGUUCCACUGAAGAGUAAUUGUGUUUUAAGAAGUUUGUGAAACUAAUAAAGGAC